AUGUCUUCUUCCUCCGAUUUUUAUGUGGGUGACACAUCCAUCGACAUGCUGACUAUGAAGCUAUAUCUUGUAGCGGAGAAGCUGGACAAGCAAGAACAAGAGCUCACUGUGCUGGUCGCAGAUGUUCGGAAGAAGCUUUCCGGCGACAUUUCAAAUGCUAAGCGUGAGCGAUUGGAGAACAAAGCUAGUGCAUUCUGUCAGCGUAUUCGAACUAUGCAGCGCGAGUACAACGGUCUUUGGGAUCGUUGGUUGAAGAUGAUGCAGGUUGAGAACGUGGAUGCUGGAAAGUUGGAGCUUGAGAUGAAGAAUGAGGAGAUGAGGCUUGAGCAGGAGGAGCGAUGGGAGACGCUUGAGAGGUCUGGUGACUACUUCAAGACUCGCUGGGGUUAA